CUUUGGCUUCUUCCUCUUACAGGGUUAUGUAGUUGGAAGCACCAAUACUUAAAUAUUUUCUCAAUCUGAACAACACAGACUACAAGGUGAUAUAAACAAGAUAGAUAAGAGCUGUAAACUGAAGGACUUCGGCAAAGAAUAGACAUUAUCAGGCAACAUACCAGUUUAUUUACUACAGAACAGCCUCCUUCUACCAAAUGUCAACCAAUAAACAACCAAUAAACUACUCACAUACAACUCUUAGGCUGUGGACAGGUUAUGGACAGCAUGGAUUUCAAACAACUGAUGAACUUGGCCUCUCAAAACAAAAGUCGUGCAGAAAAGCAGAAAGACACAAAAGAAGUGAUACCCAGGCAUUCUAAUGGUGGAUCAAAAGAAGGUGUCUCACAAGCUGCUGUUCAAGCUUUUCUUGCAAAGAGAGAGAUGGAGAAAAAAAAGAAGGCAGCUGAGGAAGAGACAGCAAGACGAGCAAGGAUUGAAGAACGUUUAGCCCAGUCCCUAGGUGUUAAAAGAACAGAGUCUUCAAAAGUUACUAAGGGUGGAGUAUCAUCACAGGAAGGACAAAAAAAACCAUCAAAGACAGAUGUGAUAAAUGGAAAACAAUCAACUAGAAUAUUGAAUGAAAAACAAAAAAACUCAGAUCAAAGAGCAUCUAAAAAGCUCCAGGUUUCAUCUUCAAAGAACACUGAUCGCGACAGAACUAGACCAUCUUGGGAAGCUGAUGGCAAAAAUGGUGUUACAAAGUCAAAGUCAUCUUCUGCAAAGAAAGGUGCACCUCUUAGUUUUAAAGAUUUACUGGCUGCUGCUGAGCGCAAUAAGAAUGGGAGUGCCCUUUUAAAAUCAUCAGUACAAAAUGUUAGCAGUGCUAAGAAAAAGGAAAGUGACAAGGAAAGCAAUCAUGUCAAAAAGGAAAGUUUAGAAGACAAAUUUACCAAUCCAGCACAGGAUAAGAGAAAAAAGCACCCAAAAACAGUUCCAACUAGGGAUUCUAAGACAUCAUCAAAACUGGCUACAAAUGAUAGCAGGGUCAAAGCUAAACCAUCAUCUUCAACACAGAGUUUGAGAAUGAAAGAAAAGCAGGACUCAAAGCAAUCUUUAGGGUUAUUGAGCAGAAGUAAAGAGCAUCUGGUCAGUAAAAAAAAUUCUACAAUUGCACCAAUACCAAGUAACUCAAAACAUAUUAGUCCAAGUGUGGAAAGACAGUUAGUGAAAGAAAGACAACUUUACCGUCAAAAGGAAAGAAUGCUGCUAAAAAGGAAAAGGAAUCCUUAUAUGGAUGAGAUGGAUGAUUUCAUUGAUGAUGAAGAUGUCGAUGACCCUGCUGAUGUCUCUAAGUAUAUAAAGGAAAUUUUUGGUUAUGACAGAUCAAGAUUCAAUGACGAAGAUGAUGAUUUGUCUUAUAUGGAAAGCAGUUAUUCACAAAUAGAAAAGGAAGAAAAUAAGAGUGCCAAGAUAGCUCGCCUGGAAGAUGAAAUUGAGCAGUUGAAGGAAUUGGCAGAGCUAAAGGAAAUGAGAGAUAAACUCAAGAAGAAAUCAAAGAAAUAAAAUUGGUUGAAGAGUGUGGAAACUAGUUUUUUUGUCAUUUUAUUAGGGCUAGGCAGACGAGAAGUCUAGUUACCAGGCAACUACAGAAAGACAUAACUAAACUCUUAUGCAGACUAAUUUUCUUUAGGAGGGAUUGACAACUUUCUUCCCUACUGGUGUGUUAGACAAAGAUACAUUACUAGUCAUUCUUACAUGGAGAAUGGUCUUCUUGAUAUGUGGCAAUGUGUUGUUAACUGCUUGAAAAGUCUUGUGUUGGAUUUUCUGGAAGUUUUCUACCAAGUUUUCAAACAGCAUGAAAUAAUCACUGUUAAGUACAAACAUCUUUCGAGAAGAACAUAUUUUCCCAAAAGAAGGAACUUUAAUUUACAUUAGAGCAAAUUGUAUUCAGAGAAAUUGAAAAAGUUAACAAGUCAGGAAAGGCUCGUUGCUCUCUUCAGAAGUGGAGGAUAAAGUUCAGAAUUUAAUGACAAGAUAUUUUAUCUAAUAGACUUUAUUUAAUUUUACUUACCUAUACAGAAGAUAUCUUGAAAUCCAGGAGUUUAAGAUAGGUUACAAAUAUUGUAAUUCAGGCUACCCAAAAUAAUACCCUUAGUUAUCAACAUGUGUAGUUAACCUACAGAUGCAUUAUUAGAUAAUCCACUAGUUGUCAAAUUUCAAACAGCCAAGGUUAAAUUAAACUUGACUUUGGUAUUGA